UUUAAUUGCAGGAUGCUUUAUUUUUUAAGACUUUUUGUCAUGUCUAUGUUCCAGCUUUUGAUAGAAUCACAACUAAGUAAACUGACCUGUCCUACUGGUUGGGAGUCUCAUGGUUUUAAAUGUUAUAAAAUGUCUCAUCAAUGUGUUGACUUUUCAAAUGCAACACAAUACUGUAAUGAUCAAAAUGCUGAGUUAAUUAUGCCAAAAACAGUCGAGGAACAGAAUAUUAUGAAAACGCUGAUUCGACAGCUAAACAGUACUAGUGAAAAUGAUGGAAUUUGGAUAGGACUUAACCUUGUUAACUUUAAUGCAUCUGAAAGAACAUGGAUUUGGAAUGAUGGCACACAACUAGAUUCUGCAAAUAUGGCCUGGAAUCCAGGUGAACCACAAUAUUUCAUUAACGAGAAAUGUGUAGUUAGUCCGAGGAAUACUGAAAAAUGGCAUGAUGUUAUGUGUCACACUUAUCAUGCGUUCAGGGCAGCUUGUCAGCUUAAAGAUAUUAUAGUCAACGAGGGUGAACGCGUUAAUCUUACAUGCGACAUCAGCAAUCCACAAACUAAAUGGACCAGAUCUGUCAAUGACACAAGUGUGAUAGUGUCUGAGUAUCCAAACGGUUUGACUUUGCCUAGUCUAGUAUUACAUUCCGUUAAAUGGUCUGAUCAAGGAAGUUACGAAUGCAGCUUGACCAAUACCGCAGGAUUGCUCGAAACCAGAAUCACAAGACUGUUCGUAAAUACUUCAACGACGGAAAUGUGUCCUUGCCGAUGUGAUUACAGAAGAAAAUUGGAAUAUUGGGAGUCGAAACUACCGCGACAUCAAACACUUCAGGAAUUGAGAAAAGAAUUAGAGCCAGUCAUCCGAAAGAUGGAAAAUCAGUUAAAAGUAAACAAAACUAAGCUUUCGUCAACUAUUCGAAAAUUUACAUCGGCUAAAGACGAACGCAAAUCAUCUCAUACGAUUGGAUUUUUUGGUGCGUUAUUCGUUUCUGUCAUUUUCGGAACUGUCUUUUUUAUGGACCUAGUAAUGUUUAGACAGCACAUAGAAAAAAUAAGAAAAAUAUGUGGUUAUAAGAAAAAAAAUCGUUGACCAAAACUUUCUAGGAAAAAGAAUCAUGAACAAUAUAACUUGUAACUCAAUUGAUGACUUUUAAAGUUUGUUGUAAUUAAUUUGAUAUGGUGUUCAAUGUUGUACAUUAUGUCUUUAAGGUUGAUCAUAAGUAUAUAUUUUUAAGAUAGAAUUUUCUUAUGAUUUGCCAAAAUAAAGAUUUUACUUUGCUGUUUUCAAAAAUAUAACAAAACUGAUGGGUCACAGUGCUAUUUUUCAAACUAUGAGUUGUUGAAAAUUGCCUAAAUUUGGUUACUUUGUUCAUGAAAAAACUCAUUAGUCUGCAUAAAAAAAAAUUGAGACAGAAUUUUGAAAUAAAUUGUUGAAAGAUAGAUUUCAUAAUAUGUUUAAAGAACUUGAACAUUUAACGUUAUGUUGCCCUUGUGUCGCUUGUUUUCUCUUAUAUUUGAGUGUGACUUCACAUUACUAUGAGACGUGUCACAGUACUUUUCUGUCCCUAAUUCAUGUAUUUGGUUUUGAUGUUUUAUUUGUUAUUCUCAUCAGAUUUUGUCUAAUGCUUAGUCCGUUUCUAUGUUUGUUAUAUUUUAAUGCUGUGUCGUUUUUCUGGUCUGAUAUUUUAUGCAUUUACCUCAGUUUUAGUUUGUUAACCCAAUUUUGUUUUUUUGUUCAUAGAUUUACGAGUUUUGAACAGCGGUAUACUACUGUUGCCUAUAUUUAAGACAUUGAAACGAAAACAAUGUGCCACCGUACUUGUUAUCUAGCUACAAAGCUUACUAAAAAUUUCCCUAGUAGCCCAGUAUAAAUUUUUUUACUAAAAGAGUUGUAUCCCCUUCAAUGGGCUCAUUUGAAAAAAAAUGUUUUUAAAAAACUCAUAAUUUGAUAUUUGUUAAAAUAUUUUGAAUAAUACAAUAGAUUAACUAGUUUUCUUAAUAUAGAAAAUAUAAAAACCCAGUCAAACCAUUUAAUUGCAAAUCUGUCUGUAAAUACCUAGACCGAUUUUGUAUUGUGAUUGUACAUUCCAGUAUGGCGGUAUACCAUGAAUCUACCGUAUCAGGAUAAAUGUUUUUCUUGUCACUUUUAGGCAUUUUAAAAAGAGGAGUAAAAUAGGGUAUCAUUGUCAUUUUGUUUAGUGUCUUUUGAUACCUAUUCUGACAUCAGACUAGGACUUCUAAUAAACUGAGUUUUACUGUGCAUAGUUCUGCGUGUUUGUUUUUUUUCUACAUUAACUACAGGUAAGGGAGGGAUGAGAUAAAAAAAAAACAUGUCAAGUGACACACGCCGCAUGUUUGCGCCUGUCCAAAGUCAGCAGCCUUUUGCGUAUUUCCGCUUUUUACUUUUGGUGUAAAUACUUCAUCUGUUGAUUUAUUCUGUGAACUAUUUGUGUAUAUUUAAUGCUGUUAGACGUGUAUAA